GGCUGGGGUGGCUACUUGGGGCGCCUCAUUAGCCCAGCGCUCCUGUCAAGCAGUCAGGCGGCGAGUCACGAGAGAGCCGAGAGGGUUGUUGACAUAAACCGAGCGACCCAUUUACUGGAACUGCCGCUUCGAGACGCAGCCGCGCCCCACCCCGCCUUUCUCGUCCUGCUGGCGGCCAAAGCCCUCCCCUGCCUCCUUCCUUCCCUUCGUUGCCAGGGCGUGGAGCCUCUAUAAGAGCUGUUGCGGCCGCCUCCGCCUCCUCAGCCCUGUCUGUUCUGUGAGUGUACCGGCUGAGCCGAAAGGGGCUCGUUUGGCUCAGGUCGGCUCAUUGCUCCCCUCUGCCCACCACAGCCGCCUCUUUCGCGCCGCCGCUUCCUCCUCCUCCCUCCUCCUCCUCCCCGCGGCCUCUGCGAGACACCAACCAUGAUUGUGGACAGCAGCCGGGACGCGCUGCUGGACGGCGGCGACUGCGGUUCCAUGAACAGCCCCUUUAACUUGGCCUUUUUUUACGGAGCGUCUCCCCACUCCAGCGAGGGGAGCUGUUCGCCCACUCCCUCCGCUCCGGGAUCCCCGGGAUCCGACUCAGAGCUCUCGGGCAGUAGUAACAGCGGCGGCGACGGCUUCAGCAAGAGGCGGUAUUCCCGGAGCGGCGCCCCCCCAGUCGGGGAAGUUGAGCAACAUAUGGGGGGAGGAAAGCAACAAAGAGGACCUUUUCAAGGUGUUCGUGUGAAAAACUCUGUGAAAGAACUGUUGUUGCACCUCAGAAACAGCAAACAGAUGUCCUCAGAUCACGGUACAGAUGAAUUAAAGACACAAGGAGGAUUACUGAAUUAUGAUCCAUACACAGAAUUGAAGAACAUACUAACUAAUGGUCGAAAAAGAAAAGCUCAUGACACUCUUUCUGAUGGAUCCUGUUAUAAAAGAACAGCUCCUUUCCAACCUCACCUCCUGACACCUCCACAGACACCAACAUCAGUGGAUAACAACAUGGAGGAUGCUCAUAUGAAUGAGCCCAAACAAGACAGUAGUUGUGAUAUGCUGCAGAACAUUAUCAAUAUUAAGAACGAAUCAAGUCCAGUUUCUUUGAACACAGUGCAAGUUAGCUGGCUUCACACCAUGGCAAAUCCUAACUCUCCAGAGGAACAAUACCAGGAGAUUGCCGGAGCACAGGCUUUUUCACCUCCUCAAAAGUACCAAGCAUUUCAAACAGGCAGCCCUUCACAAAUGCUGGAUCUACCCCAGAACUAUCCAUUUUCUCCCACAGAAGCGCAGGACUUGUCACAGCAUUACAGUCAGAAUUCACUUCUGGAAUACCAGCCACACUCUACCAGCAGCCAGUCCUCUGAUUAUCAACAUGUUUUUGAAAGCCAAGAACUGCAGUACUGCCCUCCUCAAAGCUUUGCUUCUCUCUUAAGUGAUUCAGAAGGGCCAGACAAUGUCUCUGCGCCCCUCCCUCAACCACUGCCUGGUGGUCGUCAGCAAACUGAUGUCAGUAGCCACUCUCAGAAUUUCAGUCAGCUACCCAAUAAUAUCUGCAGUAGUGUUGAAGAGCAUGGCUUGCCGUUGGCUACUUCAAAUAUGCAUGUGCAACAUCAGAGUAUUGCCAGGAACACAGCACAGCUGGGCAAAUCAUUCUUCCAGUGGCAAGUAGAACAGGAAGAAAACAAACUGACUAACAUCUCUCAAGAUCAAAUUCUUGCCAAAGACUCUGAUGGUGACACGUUUCUCCACAUUGCAGUUGCCCAGGGACGACGGGCAGUUUCUUAUGUGUUAGCAAGAAAGAUGGCAGCCCUGCACAUGCUGGAUAUUAAAGAACACAAUGGCCAGAGUGCACUGCAGGUGGCUGUUGCUGCAAAUCAGCAUCUUAUUGUGCAGGACCUGGUUAGCCUUGGGGCACAAGUGAAUACUACAGAUUGUUGGGGUAGAACGCCAUUGCACGUAUGUGCUGAAAAAGGGCAUGCACAAGUCCUUCAGGCAAUCCAGAAAGGAGUCAUUGUAAGCAAUCAAUAUGUAGACCUGGAGGCAACAAAUUAUGAUGGUUUGACAGCAAUGCACUGUGCAGUAGUGGCCCAUAAUGCUGUGGUACAUGACAUAGAGAGCCAACAGUCACCCCAUACUCCUGAGGUCCAGGAAUUAAGAUUGAAAGGCAAGAGGUUGGCAGACACAAUCAAGUUUCUAAUCCAAAUGGGGGCCUCUGUUGAAGCCAGAGAUCGUAAAAGUGGCCGUUCUGCCCUUCACUUAGCAGCAGAAGAAGCAAAUGUGGAACUCCUUCGUUUGUUUUUGGAGCUACCUACUUGCCUUUCUUUUAUCAAUGCCAAGGCUUAUAAUGGCAAUACAGCACUCCAUGUAGCUGCCAGUUUGCAGCAUCGGAUGAGUCAGCUGGAUGCAGUUCGCUUGUUGAUGAGAAAAGGAGCUGAUCCAAGUGCCAGGAACUUGGAAAAUGAGCAGCCAGUUCACCUCGUACCUGAUGGCCCUGUAGGAGUUGAGAUAAGACGGGUCUUGAAAGGAAAAACGAUUCAGCAGAGAUCAUCAGUCUAUUAAGCUCCAUGAGUACCAAUGACCUACACUCGCUGUCAGUUAGGCAGCCCCGAUGUAACUGUAAAUAGACCAUUUGUCCAGUGGAGGCAAAUGUUAGUUGUUUCUAUGAAACAAGAAUAUUUUGUUCACUAUUAUAUAGUGGGUUAAUGACAAUUCUUCUGAACAGAUGGGAAUGUUUCAUACCCAGGUAUUCUGGAUCAGUCAGAACUGCUCCAUUUAACUGACUUACAACAGUAGCAUAACAAAUGUCAGGCAAGAAUAAUUGCUACCUUUUAAAAAGAAACGUAAACACUCUAGAGCUGUUGUUUAUGAUAUGAAACAUAAGCUUCUAAAGAAUAGUAACAUAACAUUUUACUAGUAAACAUAUCAUAGCUGUUUUUGCUUGUGUUUUAUGUAGUACUAUGUAUUGGAUAUUUCAUAAUCUUUGAAUUGUAAUUAUUUGUUGAUGUUUCAUACAGGACUUAGCCAUUUUUAAUCUUUUAAAUGUGAGAAUUCUAUGUAGAAUUCAGUUAAGUUUUUGUAAGCAUUUACUGACUUUUAUGAGUAUGUUUAUGUUGAAGGGGCUGAUACUUGGGUGGCACACCUUGCAAAUUAGUUUAGGAAGGGUACAUUUAUCAUCUCCAGUUGUCAUCAGUCACAGUAACAGUUAAUGAAAGCUAAAAAAACAUUUUGGACGUGUUUAAUUCUGUUAUUCUGUCUUCAUUUAAUUGGAAUAACUUUGGAUGUUUACACCAGUAGGUAGACUGUCUACCUGUAUUAAUGGUCUCCCUUCAUAUGUUUAAGUUCCCAGUUUAGUAAAAAGCUUUAAAAACGGGUUAAAGUUGUUCCUUCAUCUGUGUAUUUAAGAUAAGAGGUUAAACAUGUUUUUGAGUGUACUAGUAGCUGAGUUUGCAAAUGACACCAAACUAGUAGGGAUAGUGAAAACCCAUACUGAAUAAAAAGCCUCAAAGGACUUAUCCAGAUUGGGUGAAUGGGCUACAAAAUGACUGUUGAGAUUCAGUGUAAUUGUAAAGUGAUCCACGCUUGGGUUAAAAUAAAAUAAAAUAAAUCCAGUUUUACAUCCAGAUGGGAUCUAAACAGGCUGACCUCAGAGAAAACAGGGAAGAAGUCUUGGUGUUGUGAUGGGUAACUCAAUAGAAAUGUCAACUCCAUUUGCUACAGUGGUGAAAGACAAAUUUUAAGGACUAUUACAAAAAUGGUUGAAAAGAAUAUGGCCAUUAUCAUAAUGCCUUUACACAAUUACACAUUGUGUCUACAUGUGGAAUAUUAUGUACAGUACUGGUUGCUGGAAACUGUAUGUUCAUGUUUGACCAUAUUUCCAAUGUGGAAAGGGUAAAGCAUUUAGAACUUUUUAGCUUGGAAAAAGGAUAACUAGGAGGUUCAUAACAUAUUUAUACAAUUAUGUAUAGUGGGGGAUGGGGAAAAUUUUCUUUUUCCCAGAACAGAAGAAUUUGGGAUCACCCACUGAAAUUGAUUGGGAGUAGAUUCAGGACAGACAAAAGAAAGUACAUCUUUAUAUAGCACAAUAAGUGUAUGAAAAUCACUGCCACAAUAUGUGGUGAUGGCUGUUAGCCUUGAUAGAAGAAUUUAGGGAUGGGGAGCCUGUGGCCCUCCAAAUGUUGGACUACAACUCCCAUAGUCUUCUGCAGCCAGAAUGGCUAAUGUUCAGGGAGGAUGGCAUGUGUAAUCCAAUAUCAUCUGGAGGGUCACAGGUUUCCCAUCUCUGACUGUGUGGAACUCCAUCUUCAGAGGCAGUAUGCCUUUGAAUGCCCGUUGUCUGGAGAGAGAGAAGGGAGGGUUAUUGCCUUCAUGUCCUGCUUAUGAGCUUCCCAGAGGCAUAUGGCUGAUGACUGUUAAAAAUAGGGAAAAGUACAUCUCAGGGCUUUGCAAAAAUUUGAUUCUAUUAUAUUAUUUUACCUUAUAGGUAUAGUAGGCAGUCAAGUGUUAAUGUUUUAAGAAUGAUAGUAAUUAUUAUUUUUACCAGUUUUUAAAAUUUGUACUUCAGAUAAUGUAAAUAAAAUACAUUAAAGACAUUUAUGUAGUUAUUUUGCUUUCAAAAUUAUACAGCGUGUUUUUAAGUCUACAUUUACUGUUUCCUGACUGACCCUCUUGCACUGUAUAUCUUUUCCAUAGUUAAUCUGAUCAUAUUGUUUGGCCAAGUAUGUCUUGUAGACAAAUAAUUGGAGAAAUUGUACCUCCAAAGUAGUGCUUAUUCUUACAAUAUCAGAUACAAGUUUGGAAUAAAGUUGUUUAAUCAGUAA